AUGGCACUCAGGGCUACGGCAGAUGUGUGGAUGGCAGGACCCUGGCUGUCCCUGCGAGGGGCACGACCACUGGGCACCAGAGCAGCUCCAGUCCCCAAGGCAGUGCUACCCUUCGAAACCAUACCCCAGAGUCCAGGCAACAAGUGGAUGAAGAUGCUGCAGAUCUGGAGGGAACAGGGUUACGAGAACUUUCACCUGGAGAUACAUCAGACCUUCCAGGAGCUUGGGCCUAUUUUCAGGUACAACGUGGGAGGAACAGAAAGGGUGUGUGUGAUGCUGCCGGAGGACAUGGAGAGGCUGCAGCAGGUGGACAUCCUGUACCCCCGCUGGACAAUCCUGGAGCCCUGGUUGGCCUACAGACAGCAUUGAGGGCACAAAUGUGGCGUGUUCUUGCUGAAUGGGCCUGAGUGGCGUCUCAACCGAUUGCGGCUGAACCCAGAUGUGCUGUCGCCAAAGGCCAUCCAGAAGUACCUCCCCAUGGUGGAUAUGGUGGCGAGGGACUUCACCCAGGCCCUGAAGAACAAGGUGCCGCAGACUUCCAUGGGGAGCCUGACUCUGGAUAUCCAGUCCAGCAUCUUCCACUAUACCAUAGAAGCCAGCAACUUAGCACUUUUUGGAGAGCGGCUGGGCCUCCUUGGUCAAAAUCCCAGCUCAGCCAGCCUGAAUUUAAUUCAUGGCCUGGAGGCCAUGUUCAAAUCCACUGUGCAGCUCAUGUUCAUGCCCAGAAGCCUGUCCCGCUGGACCAGUCCCAAAGUGUGGAAAGAGCAUUUUGAGGCCUGGGACAGCAUCUUCCAGUAUGGUGACAAUUACAUCCAGAAAAUUUAUGCAGAGCUGGCAGACAGCUCCUCUCAGCACCACGGCAGCAUCGCUGUAGAGCUCCUGUUGCAUGCAGAAUUGUCAACAGAUGCCAUCAAGGCCAAUGCUGUGGAUAUUACAGCUGGCAGCUCAGACACUACUGUCCUCCCUUAGCUGAUGACACUCUUUGACCUGGCUAGGAACCCCAAUGUGCAGCAGGCACUAUGCCAGGAGAGCCUGGCAGUCGAGGCCACUAUCACUGAGCAUCCCCAGAGGGCAAUCAACGAGCUGCCCCUGCUGAGGGCAGCCCUCAAGGAGACGCUCAGGCUCUACCCGGUGGGUGCCACUGUGGAACGACUGGUGAACUCAGACUUGGUGUUGCAGAACUACCACAUCCCAGAAGGGACAUUGGUCCAGUUGUUCCUCUACUCAUUCGGACGCAACCCUGCCUUGUUCCCGAGACCAGAGCGCUAUAACCCCCAGCGCUGGCUAGACAUGAGGGGCACCAGCAGGAACUUCCACUACCUGUCCUUUGGCUUUGGUGUGCGCCAGUGCCUGGGGCGGCGCCUGGCAGAAGGGAUGAUGCUGCUGCUUCUGCAUCAGAUGCUGAAAAACUUUGUGGUGGAGACCCCAACCCAAGAAGAUGGAAACAUGGUCCUUCGCUUCAUUAUGACACCCACCACCUUCCCCCUCCUCACCUUCAGAGCCAUCAACUAG